AGAGCGCGCUUUCCGACACCAAGAUAUUGCAGCUUUUCGAACUGAAUAGAGAAUGCGCCAUCCCUUGCAAUGCAUUCAGCUCUGCCACCAGCGCUCGGACACCGGUGGUUCGCUUCUUCUGGCAGCGGCGGGUCCUCGAAUUUACCUCUACAAUGUGGAUGACGGCGCAUUGCUCUGCUCUUGGCCAGAAAUUUCUCCAUCAACAGACGGCAAAAAUGCUGAGUUUUCUCCCGAAGCUGCGUUAGAACAAGGCGCAAAGCGAGAAGCUCCGGAGAGUGAGGAAGGGCCGCCCGGAAAACGAAGAAAAGUCUCAUCGUCGGCUGAUGCAAAGGUGGAGGAUGCAGAUCGGAAGGCGAAGAGUCCGCCCGCUACGGAACUUCCAGCAGUAUCUAUUGUAUCACAGAGUCCCGAUGGGAAAUAUGUUGUUGUGGUUACUAGCGAGGAUAAAGCGAUCCGAGUAUUUGAGCUGCUUGAUGGAUCAACAUUGAAUGCCUUAAGCACAAGGUGCAUGCCGAAACGACCCUCCUCUGUAAUUGUGACUUCAGAUAGCACGAUUCUUUGCGCAGAUAAAUUCGGCGAUGUUUAUUCUCUCCCUCUGCUCGAAUCAGAGAUCAAAGCCGUUUCGAACAGCGAAGCUGAAAAGGAAGGCGAUAUUUCGGAAUCCCGGGAAGAAGUAUAUGUUCCCGCCGCUACGCACCUGACCGUGCAUACUGCACGCAAUCGUAUGGCAUUGGAAAACCAAAUGCGGAUGGCGAACAAACAAGUGGAGAAGACUGGUCCUUCCUUUGCUCAUGAUCCUAUCAUUGGACAUGUCUCCAUGCUUACCGAUAUGACGUUCGUGACGUUGGAAGCCGAGGACGGUAAACGGCGGAACUAUAUACUCACCGCGGACCGGGAUGAGCACAUUAGAAUAUCUCGUGCGCCACCGCAAGCUCACAUCAUUGAAAAGUUCUGUUUUGGCCAUCGUGAGUUUGUGAGCAAGCUUUGUCUGCCUAGAUGGCAACCUACUCGCCUAGUUUCUGGUGGGGGUGACGAUUGCCUUUUUGUCUGGGAUUGGCUCAAUGGAAAGCUCAAACAAAGGAUUGACCUUCGUCCAGAGGUUGCAACCGCCUUACAAUCCGACGGAGAGAGCAAAAACACCAAAGGAGAACCCUUGCAACAAAAAUCGAAUAUUGCUGUCUCUGGAAUCUGGGAUGUCAGCAUCUCAAAUGCGACAAGUGGCAAGAGCGAGGAGAUUGAAUCUCCAGUGCGCCUUAUCUUGGUGGCUUGCGAAGGCGUCCCGGUUCUAUUCAGUUUCUCGUGGAUUGGCGAAGGGAUUGCUGAACCUCCUCAAUUUCUUAACGUCGAAGGUAACAUUUUGGAUGUUGCCGUCCUGCCGAACGAUUCCUCUAUAUUCAUUACCAUCGAUUCCUCACAUAAAGCCUCGUCUCUUACUGAAUUACGGGAAGAUGAAACUGUUCCUGGAUUGAAAGCCUUUGGCUGGUCGGCCCAGAAUAACGCGUGGACAAAAACCUCAAAAUUCAACAACAUUCUUGAGACGAUCAAUGGAUCCAAUGGACCUGGAACAGAAGUGUCUCCGAAUCCCAAAAAGAUACGGGAACUCAUAUAUGGGAUUGAGAAUCUCAGGAAACGCGGAUAUGAGGAAUAAGUAGAACGAAGUAAGCAUUAAUAAAUGUAAAAUGGUC